AUGGCAUCCGAUCCGGUAGACAUCAAGCUGGACCUCGAGAGGGAGUGCCUGGCGAACGAAUGCGCCACGAAGAUGGCGGCGUACAAUGCGUGUCUGGACCGUAUCAAGUCUGUUGCGCCCGAAAAGGAGCCGCACUGUUAUAAUCAGUACUUUGACAUCGUGCACUGCGUGGACGUGUGUGUCGACCCAAAGCUGUGGCCAACGCUCAAGUAA